AUGGCUGUUCUUCCAACCUCCAUAUAUUUGCGCCCUGGUCCCCCAGACGCCCUACAAAGAGUUGCAACUGUUUUGUCCAAGCUCAAAUCCGAUGACUACUACGCAUACGAGCGCACAGGUGUUUGGUAUUUGGGUAUCGGAAACCGCUCGUCAGUGACAAUUGACCCCGAAGGACGGAAAGCAACCUUUUCUACGAACGGAAAGGAUGAAGUGCGAUCCAUCGAUGGUGGAGUGACCGAUGUUGUGCGAGAAUACACCUCCGCAAAUGAGGACUGUGGAACCAGAAUCUAUGGCUACAUAGGGUUUAGCUAUGCCCUAUUGCUACGGGGCAUUCCUCACACUGCUGGGGAAUGGCCAAUGCUGAGUCUUAUGGUUCCACGUACUGAGGUGGUCUUUUAUCCAGAUAGAAUCACGCUGACUGGAGUCGACAAGGGAGAGACGGUGGAACUCUCUGCGUUGGUCGAUGAUACCACUUGCAUAGAACCAUCACCAGGACAUCCCAUUGACACGAAUACCAGAGCAAGUGAAUACGUGGAACAAGUCGAGGCUGCGUUGGCAGAUAUAAGAGCAGAGAAAUAUACGAAGGUCAUCCCUUCUCGUGCUGUGAGCCUUCCUUGGAGAGUGGACAUGCCUGGAACCCUGCUAUGUGGACGACAACAUAACAACCCCGCCCGCUCAUUUUGUCUGCGUCAUGGCAACAACCAGGCUAUUGGAUUCAGCCCGGAGCUUGUAAUGUCCCUGCGAGAUGGUAAGGUGACGACGGAGCCGCUCGCUGGAACUCGAUCGCAGGAGGAGGGAGGGGAUAAAUCCAAAAAGCUCAAGGAGGCAUUGGUUAGUGACCCGAAGGAAAUAGUUGAACAUGUGUUGUCGGUGAAAGAGGCAAUAAAUGAACUGGACAGGCUGUGCUCUCCUGGCACUGUAGUUGUGGACGACUUAAUGACUGUCCGGCCUCGGGGGAGUGUGCAGCACCUGGGCUCGACCGUAUCAGGUGCUCUGCUGCCUGGAAAGGAUGCAUGGGAUGCAUUUAAUAUCCUAUUCCCUUCGAUUACUGCUACUGGAAUCCCAAAGCAAGCUGCACUGGAAGGUAUUGGGCGUCUUGAGAAGCACCCCCGGGAGCUUUAUUCAGGUGCAAUUUUGCUGAUAGAGGAUCCUGAAACCUGGGAUGUCGCACUUGUCCUUCGAACAGUUUUCCAGGGACGGGAAAAGCAAAGGAUUCAAGCUGGAGCAGGCAUCGUUGCGCAGUCAUCGCCUGGGCGAGAAUUGACUGAAACCUCUGAAAAGCUGGCCAGUAUUGCGCCAUAUGUUAUUGCCGAACGGAAUCAGAAGGACUGA